UAUCAAAUAUAUACCAUGUGACGUGAUGACCUCAUGUGAACCGUUACUUCAAAAUUAUAAUAUAGAGUCCCUGUUUUGUCAGUGUAAUGUAGAUUAUUGAUUCCACAUUAUUUUUAGACGACAUUGAUGAGAAGAUGGAUAUUUAAACAUUCAACGUACAGCAAAUGUGCGACGUGUAGAUAGGUAUAAAAAUGUCGUCACCACUCAAAAAGAGUGUAGAACUUUUUUAUGACGUCGUGUCACCAUAUUCUUGGGUAGCUUUUGAAGUACUAGUUCGAUACAAAACAAUUUGGACAAGCAUGAAUCUUAAACUCAAACCAGUAUUUCUCGGAGGUCUAAUUCACGAAUCUGGAAAUAGAUCACCGGUGUAUGUUACAAAUAAGGGGAAAUAUAAUUUUAAAAAAGAUAUUCCACGAUUAGCCAAGUAUUACCAGAUUCCUAUAAAAAUACCAAAGAAUCCCUCCGUUGUUAUGUUUGAGAAGACCUCCUUGUCAGCCAUGAGGUUUCUAACCGCUAUAAACACUGAACAUCCAGAAUACACAGAAAAACUGUCUAGAGAAUUGUGGAUGAGGGCGUGGAGUCGUGAUGAAGGCAUAUUUGACAAAAAUGACCUUAUGACAGCCGCCAAAAUGGCUGGCAUUGAUGAUGUGAUAUCAGAAAGCGCCUUUGCCAGAGUUACAGAUGACGCCAUCAAAAAGACACUUAGAACAGUGACAACGGAAGCUUUGAAUCAUGGUGCAUUUGGUGUGCCUACUAUUGUGAUAUACAUUAAUAAUAAACCGGAAAUGGUAUUCGGGUCUGACCGAUUUCCAAUACUUGCAACGUUGAUAGAAGAAGAAUGGAAAGGACCACAGAACCACACGUCAAUUUUUACACUAGAUGAAAAUAUAAAUGUGUAACAUUAAAUUUACAAUAUUGUUGAUGUAUCCGCAGACUAAUAUAUACAAUAACCAGGCAGAUUGGUUAGAUAUUUUAUAUUUAAAGAAAUGAAAUAAUAAAAAAGCCGCAACGGACAAUAAAAAUAUUGGGAAGGAUCCUAGAUUAUUUAAAAAGCCAUACAAGGUAUUACUGGUUAUUAAUAUGAUUACGGCAUUUACCACUAUCUUCUUUUAUUAACCUUGUCUAUAUAAUGUAUUAGGUUAUGUAGCAUAUUGUGUAGCAUAUAAAGAUUCUUUUUUCUUU